AUGAGUGGAACGAUUGCGCCGAUUCGUGAGAUCACGGCUUUAGCAAAAAAAUACAAUGCGCUUACUUAUAUCGACGAAGUACACGGCGUAGGAUUGUAUGGGGAUACCGGAGCUGGUGUGGUGGAGCGCGAAAACCUGGAGAGUGAGAUCGACAUUAUUAAUGGCACGCUUUCAAAAGCAAUAGGAUUUAAAGGACGCGGGAUCGUAUCGUUAUUUCCUGGAGGUAAAUAA